AUGGAGUAUCUAUCUAAUGACCCGCUAUUAAAAUAUCACCCUGACACACUGCAAUGUGUAAGGAAGUUAUGCAAUUUGGAUAAUCCAGGAGACAUGGAUGGUGCUAUUGAUGUUCUUGAGUCGUGGGUGCAGAAACAGCAACAAUUUACUAAAAAGAAUUUCAGUAAAGACGAUGCGAUUUUACCGACGCAAACAAAAGAUUACUUUAGAGUAUAUAUUGGACAAAAUAAAAUCAAACAUAUGAAGUCCGAAAUGUAUGAUGCAUACUACAAGCGUUUUUUCCACAUUUUAGAAUAUCUCUGCGCUCACGAUUACUCAUGUGGAUUAAUAUUGAUUUACGACUUCCGAUAUACAAAUCAUUCCGAGUUUGCCAAAUUAAUGGAGAAAACUGUUUAUGCGGACUUUUAUAAUAUAAUUUUGAAGGCGUACUUGAACAGCUUAUUUAGUUUAGAAUCUGUAGCUAAAAUAAAAUACAAGAUCUUAUGCUUCCUGUGCGGCACUGAAUUGGGGAUGGCGAACUUUAUUUAUGGUUAA